GGAUACCAAGAAAGAGAGAAUUCAGUUAGAAGGUCAUAUUGCCAGCCCCCAGUCAGUCAAACUAGAGAGGACAGUCAGAUGAUGACAUCUAAAACUUCCAACAACAUGAUGCGCAGGUGGUCUGGUCAAGAAUACAAAAGUAAGAUUCACAGUGAUGGAAAAUGCUACUACUUAUCAUUGGCCUCUUUCAAAGGACAAGAAGACAUCAAAAUGUGCCUGGAUGUGGGCCUGAAAUCUAUGAUCGAUCAGCUUAUGCAGCAAGUGAAACAUUACAGUUUGGAGACUAUAGUCUCAAAUAUUUCAGCUAUAUCAGAGAAAUUCGAGACUCGCUUGGUGAAAUUGCAAAAUGACCUCCACAUGGAUUUCUGCAAAGAAAUACAGACAU